AUGCAGGUCUUCGGUGGCGGCCCUCAGGCAGACUUCAGCUGUCUCCUGCCGCUGCCAAAGCCAGAUGUGACGCUGCAGAAGAAGUACGAUGCCAUGGGCCUGCCAGAUCCUGUGGCUUUCGCACUCCUCACGGCUUUGGGUGCCAUCAAGGACCCCAUGGGCAUGCUCAACGAGAUGAUGAACGCUGCCCAGGCCUUGGAGAUGCAGGAGCUGCAAAGGAAACAGGCUUCUUCAUCGUUCAAGGUUGGGCCGAUGAUGGCUAGCGAGGCGUCCGACUCCGCAGAGCUGGAGCGCUUGGCAAAACAGGUCAAAGAAGCCGCGGAACAGGCCCGAGCUGCAACUGUCGCCGGCGGUCUGGCCGCGGCAGAUGCGGCUGCCAACUCCAGCAAAAAUGUGGCGCAGGCUUUCGCCGAGGCGGAGGAGGAAGAGGAGCCGCGGCCAGCCCUUGGCCAGACUUUGAGCUCGCUGCUGACAGGCCGUGAAAAAGUCGCGGUCAGUGGCGAUAGUGGGCUUGCACUACCCACCACUCUUGACAAGGUGGCCAUCCGGCUUCCUCCUGGAGUAUCAGAGGCAGCAGUGCGGCUGGAAUGUGCUCGCCACGGAGUCCUGACGGCGGUGGUCCUGGAGCCUGACAGCAGUGCAGCGUAUGUUUGCUUCAGCUCCUCUGACAUGGCACAGCUGGCAGUUCGGCGCAUGGCCAACAAGAGUGGGAUAUUCGGAGGCUCCGAGCCGCUGCAGAUCAAGCUGAUUAGCGAGCUGCCGGAGUCGGCUCGAAACGCUGCAGUUCCAGUGGUCCCAGCCCUCUCGGAUGCCCAGCCUGUGAAUCCAGCAGAUUUGCCCGAGUAUUUGCGGCCGCGGAAGUCGCGAAGUCGUAGUGCCCGAAAGCGUGCCUCUCGCAGCGCCCGUCGUCGCAAGCGCAAAAGCAGGAGUGCGAAGCGGUGGCUGGACAGGAGCCGGAGCAACAGCCACACGGCAACCGGUCAGUACAUCCGUGCGACGGGCUGCUCCAGUACGGUCCGUUGGUGGGAGAAGCGUCGCGAAGACAGCGACUCCGACCGCAGCACGGCGAGUCGCAAGGUGAAGCGUGCCCAGAAGGCAGAGGCCGAGCUGGUUGCGAGAAGACCUCGCCAAGUGGCCAUCAAAGGCUUGUGGGCCCAGUUCGUUCAUUGCGGCGUCUCAUAUUACUUCAAUAUUCAAUCAGAAGAAACUGUGCUGGAGAAGCCAUCGGACUUUGAGGACGGCAACAUGAACCUGCAGGAGGACAGAAGACGAGCAAGCAGCGUCAUCCUCUGA